UUUUCCAAGGGUAAGAAACAAGUGUCAGCGGCUUCUGCGCAGUCAGCCCAAACCACACAGGUGCACCCCAGGUCAGCGCUGAAGCCACCCGCAGCUCGGUGCCCUCUGCUCGGGCAUCAACCGAUGCCAAGGGCGAAAAGACGGCGGGAAGGGUGAUGGAGAGGGCGACGACAAGGCCAGCAGCGGAGUAUUCGGAAUGUUCAAGAGCCUUUGGGGCGGACGCAAGAACCAAGCCAAUUUGGGCGAGGAGUCACACUUUGUAUAUGAUCCUAUUCUGGAGAGGUGGGUGGAUAAGAACGCUGCUGGAGACCAGCAGGACAGCGGGCCGCUGCCGCCACCACCACCCUCGAUGAUGAAGUUCCAGCCGCAGAGCUCUUCUGUCCCGCCUCCCGCAAGUGCCGGAGUGUCGUAUCCGCAAGUGCCCGCCAACAUGCAGUACGGCUCGAGCAUGGAUUCUGCUUCGACGCCGCUUGGGGGACGCAACAGUGUUCCGCCCCCACCAGCGUUCAAUGGAAUGGCUCCUCAGCCUGUGUUCAAUGGAAUGGCGCCGCAGCCUGCGUUCAAUGGAAUGGCGCCGCAGCCUGCGUUCAAUGGAACGACGCCGCAGCCGGCGAUUGGCAGCAUGGUUGGCAGGGCGACAUCAACGGUUUAUUCGGCAACAGGGGGCAAUUUCAGCCGCACUGGCACACCCAUGUCCAUAUUUGAGUCGACCUCGGCAGCCGGAGGCAUGGUACCGCCAGCACUGGGCAGCAUCGCUGGCACACGCCAGCAGGCGCGGCGCCGUGGAGCGCGGUCCAAAUACGUGGAUGUAGCAGGUCAGCUGGGAGAUACAAAGUCGUAGCUGAGCGAGAUGGAGGGGAGUUGCGGUUUGUCGACCCAAAACGAUCCACAUUUUUUCCUUUCAUUUUUCAUACAUAGCAUUUCGUCAUCA